AUGGUGCACUCGAGCUCCCGCUACUAUUACGAUACACUUGAACUGGACACAGUACGUGAUAAUGAAAGACACAAUGAAUGCAGUCAACUCGAGUGGCCCUUGACUAGCGAUGAUCAAAUCUGGGCGAGACGACCCAUAGUCAUCGCUUCGUAUAAUGUCCUUGUGCUUGCGACCCUGAAUAUCAUCGCCAUCGUCGGGAUUCUUAUCUACCUAUUGGUCAACUCGAACACCUCAACCGACUCGGAGUUUGCCCUCUACAAGAAUACUCGCUUCAAGGAUUGCGCCGCAGUGGUUCCUGACGCAUCCAACUGCAGCGCAAUAUUGACGACGUGGAUGAAGGAGAGUGGUUCCGGUCACGGUGCCUACUAUGCAAACCUGGGACGGUUUUAUAUCCUUGGCACCCAAGUUACAACAGAGAACAAAGUUUCAUAUGACUGGUGUCAGACUGUCAGCUGCUUCAACGACUACAAGGUCAUUCCAUCAUCUGCGAAUGACUCCGCUAUGGGAAUUACUGCCUUGCACGGCUGGUGGUUUGUCAUUCUCAGCGCGUGGACUACUAUCUGGAGUUUGAGAAAAACGUCUCCCUGGUUCCAUAAAAAGACCAGAACAAAGUCUUGCCGCGGAUGGAGAGAACUCGGGAUCAUCGACUGGCUAGCUAUUGUGUAUCAUCUCUGCGGACCUCUUGUGGUCUGGUGGGUCUCUUUCGCCGACUCUAUCAUCAGUCCAGUCCCAUGGCCUACGCUGUCUUUGAUUUCCUGGUUGACUACUUGGGGAUACUCGAGUCUGCUCCAAUACCACCCAUACUCAUGCAUCUUUGCAAGAGUACCAAGGAUCGCCCGUGCUCUGCCGUGGAUAUUUGGCUUAUUAGCAAUCCUGCAGUGUGCCGCCACAUUCUACCUUGCAGUAACAGACGAAAGCAUGACCGGAGGCACGAAAAAUAUCUACGACAGUUAUACAUGCCUAGCAGCGCAGAUUACAACCGCACCGGGAACAUCGACCUGUUCCGCGGAGCAAAUCUGCUCCAAGGAGUGGCUAUUCAGUGCACCAUACUUCAACCUCCCCGGAGAUAUGGGCAAAGGACUCCCAUUUGGGCUUUGCGUGACGGGUUUAGUCAUCGCUAUCGUUGCACCAGCCGUCAUUAUAAUGGCGAAAAUAUCUAUCAACAGUGAAAUAUCUUUCAAAAGAACUUGGGAGGUCAUGGAAUCGGAGGAAGGCUGA